CACAUAUAAUAAUCGGAUAGCGGACGGCAAUCCCCCCCGGCUUUUUGUAGCCGAUCUGGUAGCCGAUCACCUCUGCCGGCAUGGGAAAUCCCCAUUUGGGCUCUGCCUCUGCUUCAACAUGAAUUAUUCCGCUUCUUUUACGCGCUUACAAAUGUCGCGGCAGAAGGAUAGUCCUGGAGAAUGGCCCUGGCCAUAAUUAUUAUCGUCGACGCUGGGCCAACAAACACCUACGAUACAUAGCACUGUGCCAACGGACCUCGUUCCAUCGCAUAGCCGGCUCUCCCUGUUUGAGCUUUGUGUCAAUAGCAAUACGACUACGAUACUUCUCUUCAUCUAACGGGCACUACAGCACAAUGGUCUCUCCGAUCCCUCGAGGUCUCCGUCUGGUCCUCCAAAAGUCUCCCUCCGACAUCGUCAUCCUUUCUUCCCUGCGUACCCCUGUAACGCGUGCAAAGAAGGGCGGCUUUAAAGACGCAUAUCCAGAAGAGCUGCUCUCACAUGUGCUCCGGGCCACUCUCGAAGCAAAUCCAAAUCUUGAUCCAGCGUUGAUUGAUGAUGUCUCCAUCGGCUCUGUGCUUCAGGAACUCGGCGGUGCCAAGGCAGGCCGUAUGGCUCAGAUCCACUCGGGCUUCCCCCAUUCUGUUCCAUUCCAUACCAUCAACAGGCAGUGCUCGUCGGGUCUGGCUGCCAUUACGACCAUUGCGAAUGGAAUCCGCGCCGGCGCGAUCAACAUCGGUGUCGGCGGAGGUAUGGAGUCAAUGACUCGCAAUUACGGGUCGCGUGCGAUCCCGACGGUCCUAUGGCAGGAUUUGAAGGAGUCUUCGUCUCAGGAUACGAGAGACUGCAUCAUGUCCAUGGGCAUUACCUCGGAGAAUGUGGCGGAGCGGUAUGGUGUCUCCAGAAAGGACCAGGACGCUUUUGCGGCCGAGUCACACAAGAAGGCCGCUGCUGCUCAAAUAGCGGGUCUCUUUGAUGCUGAAAUCGUCGCGGUAAAGACGAAGUUGUUUGAUCCUGAGCAGCCAGAUGCCCUCCCCAAGGAAAUUACGGUAUCCAAGGAUGACGGAAUUCGACAUAAUAUCUCCGCAGAAAAGAUGGCGGCACUGAAACCGGCUUUCUCGCAGACAGGGUCCAGCACUGCCGGAAACAGCUCACAGGUCAGCGACGGCGCUGCUGCUGCCUUACUGAUGCGCCGCUCCACCGCCACAGAACUUGGCCUGACCUCUUCAAUAAAAGCUCGAUGGGUUGCUACCGCCGUCGCCGGAUGUGCUCCAGAUGAGAUGGGCGUUGGCCCAGCAGUUGCAAUCCCUAAACUCCUCGACACAGUCGGGUUGAGUAUCCCCGAAGUGGGGAUUUGGGAAAUCAACGAGGCCUUCGCAUCACAAGCACUUUACUGCACCCGAAAACUAGGAAUUGACGAGGCAAAACUAAAUCCCAAGGGAGGUGCGAUCGCUAUAGGCCACCCACUUGGUGCCACAGGAGCAAGGCAACUAGCUACUCUUUUACCCGAACUCGAACGUACUGGGCAGGAAAUUGGUGUGGUUAGCAUGUGCAUUGGUACAGGCAUGGGGAUGGCGGGUAUGUUUGUUCGGGAGUAGAAAGAAGAUAUAUAUACUUAGCACAUAUAUGUGCAUUACAUAGAAUGGCAUACAAUAAAUAUAUUGUUGAAACCA